AUGACACCGUAUGAAAUUGUAACAGACGACCAGCGUACUUUGGCCUCCUGUAAUACGAUACGUGCUUUGGAAAGUGCCGAUUGUAACGGAUCAGGCCGCAUUCACUCCGCGAUCGUCACCGGGCUUAACUUGGAGGGGAGGUCGGUGACAGUGGAAUGGUACGAGAAAGGCGAAACCAAAGGCAAGGAAGUGGAGAUUGACUCGAUCCUUGCCCUCAAUCCGGAAUUGUCAGUUGGUACCAGAAACACUUCGCAUUUGCAGCCAGCACCUAAUAAAUUGACUCGGGACCCGUCGGGCUCGUCCUCGGAUGAUGGAGGGUUCCUGCGUGAUGGCGGCGAGGGCGAAGGCACCGGGGACUCCGGCCACACGCUGCCCGUGCGAAACUCACGAUCGAAUCAAAAACCACGCGAUGUAAAAAAUAAAAAUGGUCAAAUACCCAUUGGUACUUUGGAUGUAGGAACAGCCGCAUAA